AUGGAGAACAUCCAGUCUAUGUGGAACGAGGUCACGUCGUUCUUCUCGCCGGCAGACACGCUGCCAUGGACGGACGAGAAAACCAUUCAGGCGUGUGAGAGGGACAUGCUGGAUCCAGGGCAGGCGGCAGCAGCAAAGGACAACCUGAUGAAGCUGGCGUGGGCGCUGGUGCACUCGAGGAGAGAGGCGGACGUGGUGCGCGGGAUCGCCAUGCUUGAUGAGCAGCAGAGGGGGGACGCCAACGCCAAGGACAGACACGAGGUUCUCUACCUGAAAGCAGUGGGGUGCUACCGGGCCGGGGACUUGCAGCAAGCCAGGCAACUCGUGGAAGCGGCGCUUAAGCUGUCGCCAUCAUCCCACCAAGGCGCCUGCCUCAAGAAGUGCAUAGAGAGCAAGAUAGCUUCAGAUGGAGUGAUUGGAGUGGGCAUCGCUGCUGGUGCUGUUGCUGUUAUUGGGGCCGUUGCUGCUGCGGCCAUUGCUGGGGGGCGCAAAUAA